AUGGUGAGCGUGGGCUACGAUGGCGGAGACGAGAAGGCACACGUGACCACCGCCUGCAAGGGUCGCCGAUGCGUCGUGCGGAUCUCCGAGGACUACUUCUACAAAUCGCCGAUCACGCUGGAGACGUACAGGGAAGUGACACAGACGAUGUUCGAUGCAGACGAGGACCGCGCCACGUGUGACCACGCGGCGGAUCAGCUGUACCGGUGGGCGCUGCGCCCAUUCGAGGACUGGAUGAAGCGGCUGGAGCAGCCCACCUACGCGGGCCCGUUUCCGACGCUGGCGCACUACCUGGACCCGCCGGAGCACCGGUGGAAGCUGUACGUGGUCGAGGAGGUGCCCGAGCCGUUCCUGGACUACGACGUGCCGCCGCGGCGGGAUCAGCAGUUGGGCGUGUGGCUGCCGCGCUACGAGCUGCAUCCGGACUGGCGGCUAUUCAAGCCGGAAGAGAUUCUAGCUUCUCCGGCGGACGAUGACGAGGAAGAGCUUGAAAAGCCCCCCACGAUGGUCUGGCCGCGCAGCAGCACCGUGGCUGGCGAUAUGCCCAUGUGCUACUUUAAGCCCCUGCAGCGCUGGCGGUGGCAGCACGCCGUGCGCGAGAUGGAGACGUAUAAGGCCUUGCACGAGGUGGAAAACCUCGACGACUUGCGCGUGCCGCGGGUUUGUGGCGUGGUGAUGGGGGACAGAAAGGGCUCGUACCUCGGGCUGCUGAUCUCGUAUGUGGAGAACGCGGGGACGUUGGAAUCGCUCGUUGGGCCGGAGAUGCCGCUAGACUAUCGGCGGGAUUUUCUAGUCCAGUUGACCGAGACGCUAGAUCUUCUGCACGAGCUGGGGUUGACGUGGGGCGAUGCGCGCCCGUCAAAUGUAUUGAUCGAUCCUAACGAUGGCGCGUGGGUUGUGGACUUUGGCGGCGCGCAUGACGAAUCGCGUAUUGGCGAUUGGGUCAGCAAAAGACAUUUGCAUACGCCGUUGGGAGACCGCGAAGGCUUGUACAAUAUCACGCGCAUGUUGAUGGCGGGUAUAGUAGAUAUGCCGUCCUUGCCGUUGGAUGAUGAUGCAACCACCGAUGAAGAAGUGGGUGAUAAUGAUGAAGACACUGAUGAGGAUGAGGAUGAGGAUGAUGAGGAUGAGGAAGAAGGACUGGAAGAAUUGGACGGAGUGAGGAAGUCUGAAGACCUAGAACAGCUAGAUGGAUUGGCAAAAUUCGAUGAAUUGGCAAACGACGACCAUUCAAUAGCAUGUGACCCUCACCCGGGAGUUGAAUAA